CUGACUACAACUCCCAGAAGACUCCUCGGCACCAUAGUGAUUCUCGCGUGAAUUCAGCCUCAAAGUCACGCGCUGGCUGGACCCUCGGUCUGCAAGCGCAUCUGUUGCAGCGCUGUGCAGUAUACUGCUGUUUUGGAAGCUUGGAAGGCCUUAGCUUUGCCCUUUUCCAAGAGGUGCCCAGAGGACUGGUCUUUUUUGGCAAAUACCAAAGCCAUGACUCAGGAGUCAGUGAUGUUCAGUGAUGUGUCCAUAGACUUCUCUGAGGAGGAGUGGGAAUGCCUGAAUGAUGAUCAGAGAGAUUUAUACAGAGAUGUGAUGUUGGAGAAUUACAGCCACCUGGUUUCAAUGGCAGGACAUUCUGUUUCUAAACCAGAUGUGAUCUCCUUCUUGGAGCAGGGGAAGGAGCCCUGGUUGGUUGACAGAGAACUAACAAGAGACCAUUGGCCAGUCCUGGAAUCAAGAUGUGAGACCAAGAAAUUAUUUCUGAAGAAGGAAAUUUAUGAAAUAGAGUCAGCGCAGUGGGAGAUAAUGGAAAGACUUACAAGACAUGACCUUCAGUGCUCUAGUUUCAGAGAUGAUUGGGAAUGUAAUGGCCAGUUUGAGAAACAACAUGGCUCUCAGGAGGGACACUUCAGUCAACUGAUAUUCGCUCAUGAAGGCAUGCCCACUUUCAGUCAGCAUCCCCCCUUUACAUUACAGCAAAUCAUUAAUAAUAAAGAGAAAUACUGUGCAACUAAGGAAUAUAGGAAAGCCUUUAGACCUGACUCACAACUUACUACACAUCAGAUAAUUCAUCCCAUUGAGAAACCCUAUGAAUGUAAGGAAUGUGGAAAGGCCUUUAGACAUCCCUCAAGACUCAGUCAUCAUCAGAAAAUUCAUACUGGCAAGAAGCCCUUUGAAUGUAAGGAAUGUGGGAAAACAUUUAUUUGUGGUUCAGACCUUACUCGACAUCACAGAAUUCACACUGGUGAGAAACCCUAUGAAUGUAAGGAAUGUGGGAAGGCCUUUAGUAGUGGCUCAAACUUCACUCGGCAUCAGAGAAUUCACACUGGUGAAAAGCCCUAUGAAUGUAAAGAAUGUGGGAAGGCUUUUAGUAGUGGCUCAAACUUUACUCAGCAUCAGAGAAUUCAUACAGGGGAGAAACCGUAUGAAUGUAAGGAAUGUGGCAAUGCCUUUAGUCAGAGCUCACAACUUAUUAAACAUCAGAGAAUUCAUACAGGUGAGAAACCCUACGAAUGUAAGGAAUGUGAAAAGGCUUUUCGUUCUGGUUCAGACCUUACUCGACAUCAGAGAAUUCAUACUGGUGAGAAGCCCUAUGAAUGUAAGAUAUGUGGGAAAGCCUAUUCACAGAGUUCACAACUUAUUAGUCAUCAUAGAAUUCAUAGUGGUGAGAAACCCUAUGAAUAUAGGGAAUGUGGAAAGACCUUUAAUUAUGGCUCACAACUUAUUCAACAUCAAAAUUUAUACUGCUUUCCAUGGCUUCAUUUACCUGUGGUCAACUGCAGUCCAGAAGCAGAUGAUCCUCCUCCUCAUGUAUCUUCAGAAGUGCGCCCGUCGUUCGCCUGCGCAGCGCUCCUGACCUGCGGGGACUCCUCGGGACAAAGGGCUGGGAGCCCCGCCCCCGCUGAAGGCCGCCCAGACCUCCGCCCCACUCAGCUAGCGAGCGGGUUAGAUGCUUGGCUCCCUGGGGCUGGCCGCGCCGGCGCACUCGAAACCAUGGCCCAUGGAUCAGUAAUGUUCAAUGAUGUGUCCAUAGUCUUCUCUCAGGAGGAGUGGGAAUAUCUGGACUUGGAACAGAGGGACUUGUACAGAGAUGUAAUGUUGGAGAAUUACAGCAACUUGGUCUCACUGGGAUGCUUCAUUUCUAAGCCAGAUGUGAUUUCCUUAUUGGAGCAAGGAAGAGAGCCCUGGAAAGUUGUGAGGAAAGGAAGGAGGCAAUAUCCAGAUUUAGGGACCAGGUAUGAGACCAAGAAGUUCUCUUUGGAAAAUGACAUUUAUGAAAUAAACUCACCCCAGUGGAAGAUAAUGGAAAGAAUUAAAAAACAUGGCCUUAAGGGCGUAAUUUUAAAAAGUGAUUGGGAGUCCAAAAGAAAAUUUGAAGGACAGGAGGGAUAUUUCAGUCAAAUAAAGACUGCAUCUCAAAAAGUGUCCUCCUACCAAAAACGCACAUCUGUACCUCCACAUCAGAGAAUUCAUUUUGUGGAGAAACCCUAUGAAUGUAAAGAAUGUGGGAAAACCUUUAGAGUACGCCAGCAGCUUACUUUCCAUCACAGAAUUCAUACUGGUGAAAAACCUUAUGAAUGCAAGGAAUGCGGCAUGGCCUUUAGACAGACUGCACAUCUUACUCGACAUCAGAGACUUCAUUCUGGUGAAAAGCUCUAUGAAUGUAAGGAAUGUGGAGAAUCUUUCAUAUGUGGCCCAGACCUCAGAGUACAUCAGAAAAUUCAUAUUGGUGAGAAGCCCUAUGAAUGCAAAGAAUGUGGGAAGGCCUUCAGAGUACGCGGACAACUUACUCUCCAUCAGAGGAUUCAUACUGGUGAGAAACCCUAUGUAUGUACAGAAUGUGGAAAGGCCUUUAGACAGUAUGCACAUCUUACUCGACAUCAGAAGCUUAAUAUUGCCGACAAACUCUAUGAAUGUAAAGAAUGUGGGAAGGCCUUUUUGUGUGGCUCUGGCCUUAGAGUACAUCACAAACUUCAUACUGGUGAGAAACCCUAUGAAUGUAAGGAAUGUGGGAAGGCAUUUAGAGUAAGACAACAACUAACACUCCAUCAGAGAAUUCAUACUGGUGAGAAACCCUAUGAAUGUAAGGAAUGUGGAAAGACCUUUAGUCGUGGUUAUCAUCUUAUUCUUCAUCACAGAAUUCACACUGGUGAGAAACCUUACGAAUGUAAGGAAUGUUGGAAGGCCUUUAGUCGUUAUUCACAACUUAUUUCACACCAAAGUAUCCAUAUUGGCGUUAAACCCUAUGACUGCAAGGAAUGCGGGAAGGCCUUUAGGUUACUCUCACAACUUACACAACAUCAGAGUAUUCAUAUUGGUGAGAAACCCUAUAAAUGUAAGGAAUGUGGGAAGGCCUUUAGAUUGCGCCAAAAACUUACUCUACAUCAGAGUAUUCAUACUGGUGAAAAACCUUUUGAAUGUAAGGAAUGUAGGAAGGCUUUUAGGCUUAAUUCAUCCCUUAUUCAGCAUCUGAGGAUUCAUUCUGGUGAGAAACCCUAUGAAUGUAAGGAAUGUAAGAAGGCCUUUAGACAACAUUCACACCUUACCCAUCAUCUGAAAAUUCAUAAUGUGAAAAUAUAA